UCCCACCGCCGCCUCCGCCGCCGCCUCCUUCGGAUCUUGGGAAUCCUCCUCCACUGCCGCCCAGUGCCUUUCCUCCUCCUCCUCCUCCUCCUCCUGAUGAAGCCAUGUUCAACGUUCAGGUCAGCGCCGGCGGCAAGACCCUGGAGGAGAGGCGUUCCAGUCUGGACGCGGAAAUCGACUCCUUGACCAGCAUCCUGGCCGACCUGGAGAACAGCUCUCCUUACAAGCCGCGGACGCAACAGGGCUCUGGGAUUCCGGGCGGAUCUCCCAUCGCUACGCCUCCGAUGGCCACCCCAGUCACUGGCCACAAGCGCAUGGUCAUCCCAAACCAGCCUCCCUUGACCGCCACCAAGAAAUCGGCUUCCAAGCCUGGCUCUCAGCCCAUCCCGGUGACCCCGGUCGGCACCUUGAAACCUCAGCCGGUUCCGGCGUCCUACAGCACGGCUUCCACCUCGAACCGCCCGACCUUCAACGUGCAAGUGAAGUCGGCCCAGCCAGCCCCCCACUUCCAGCCACCAGCCCCCCAGUAUAGCAGUCUGGCCCCCAACCAAGUGCCUUCUCUGGGUCCAGCGCCCUAUGUGCCGUCUCAGCCCCGGGCUGCGGAUUACGGCUACGCGCCCCAAACCGCCCCUCAACCAGAACCAAGCUAUGGGUACGGGGGACCCCAGGGCCGCUACCAAGAGCCAGCCUACCCCGGAGGCUACGGAGGGAGGAACGGCUCGGAUCCAUCCUACGUGCCACAAAAUGCCUGGAAGCCCGAGGCGACGUACCCUUCUCCCGGGUCUGCGGCCCUGAAUCCCGUACGGCAGUACCCGUCGUCUGGAGCCAAGAAAACGUACAUCACGGAACCGGCCGCCGGGCCUCAGCCCCCUCUGCUGCAGCCAAAGAGUGGACAUGGCGUUCCCAACCCUGCCUCAAGUGCUCCUUUGUUCAGACCGGAGGAUGAGCUGGAACACCUGACCAAGAAGAUGCUGUACGACAUGGAAAACCCGCCAUCCCAGGAAUACUUCGGUCGCUGUGCCCGCUGCGGGGAGAAUGUCGUGGGGGAAGGAACGGGCUGCACCGCGAUGGACCAGGUCUUCCACGUGGAGUGCUUCACCUGCAUGACCUGCGGCAACAAACUGCGGGGCCAGCCCUUCUACGCGGUGGAGAAGAAAGCCUACUGCGAGCCCUGCUACAUCAACACCCUGGAGCAGUGCAACGUCUGCGCAAAGCCCAUCAUGGAGCGCAUCUUGAGAGCCACCGGCAAGGCCUACCACCCUCACUGCUUCACCUGCGUGAUCUGCCAGCGCAGCCUGGAUGGGAUCCCUUUCACCGUGGACGCUGGUGGCAACAUCCACUGCAUCGAGGAUUUCCACAGGAAAUUCGCUCCCCGCUGCUCUGUCUGCAAAGAGCCCAUCAUGCCCGCACCAGGCCAGGAGGAGACGGUCCGUAUUGUGGCCUUGGACCGUGACUUCCAUGUGGAGUGCUACCGCUGCGAGGACUGUGGAGGCCGCCUGUCUGAAGGGGACAACCAGGGCUGCUACCCCCUGGACGGCCACAUCCUCUGCAAGAUGUGCAACUCCGCCAGGAUCCAAGCCCUGACGGCAAAGUCAAGCACCGACCUCUGAACGACCUCGCGCCAUCCUCACCCUCUCGUGCAGCUGGAAGGCCUUGGGACAAGCAGAGCGGCUUGCUGGGGGCUCCACAUCACGGCGUCUCCACCACCCCCACCCCCACGUCUACACUACAGAUUUAACUCUUUGAGCCUGCAAUCCCUCUCUGCAAGGCACCCUGGGAAAUGUUUGUUCUCUGGGGUUCGUUCCGAGAGAGGUCUCAGGACACCCCCCGCGAAACUACAGUUCCCAGGAUGCUUUGAGGAAUGCCGUGGCGCUUAAACUGGUAUGAAACUGGUAGUUUUUUGUAGUGC